CUUUACCUCUACUUUAGGCACUCCACAAAUAUGCUGGUGAAGGAUUGGUAGAUGUCGUCCAGAAUUGGGGAAGAGGUUUGCCUGGAGACAACACACAUUACUUCGGUCAGACGCUGAGCAUUAACGAAUGUGCCUAUCGAAAUAUGUACAGAGUGAAGUACUUAGUGUACACUGACUUAGACGAAUUCAUUGUCCCAAGGAAAUCAUUAGGAUGGGCCGAGAUGAUGAAAAAAAUCGAGAAUUUCAAAUAUGAUACCUAUUUAUUUAGACAUUCAUACUUUUUCGAAAACUAUAAUAACACCACCUUAGAUAGCUUACAUGUAGGUGCAAGUCAAACCGAAUUUACUUGCAAUGGAUCGUAUCGCGUGGGAUUACCCAAGUUUUUAACCAGCGUAAUUCGUUUACGAAAAGUUCACCCUCCCAAAGAAAAGUCGAAAUACAUACUGAGACCUUUGUAUAAGUCUACUAUCGGCGUACACGAAAUAUUUGAGCACGUUGGAGACCAUAUUAAAACUUAUGUUGUGCCUCCAGAUUAUGGUUUGCUGCACCAUUAUCGACUGCUCAGUGGUGGACCUAAUCCAGUAGCGGCAUCGACAGUUGACGAUGUAAAACGUAUCCCGGAUGAACGCGCUUUUGUUUAUAAAGAGAAAAUUGUUGAAGCAUUGAGAAGACGUUUGUGUCGUUGAAAAUGUCUGUUAGAAGCAAGCGACCUGAAGGAAUUAAAAGAUGUGACUUUUCUUUAUGCCUCAUUUCCACUCUGACUUUCUUAAACAAAAGUCUGAGUUUUAGAGGGGCAAAACUGUGGAAUAGCCUCUCAGAAGAAUUAAGGACCAAGGAUUCUCUUUAUUCCUUCAAUUCCAAUUAUAUCAACACUCG